GGUACUAUUGCAAAAGGAUGGUUAUGGGACAGGUGGCUCAAGGUUUCAUUAAGCCUCAGCAGUCUGCCGGGACUAAAAGCCUCAGAUCUCGAGACCGCAACGAAAAAGGAAGCGUCCGCUCUUGCGGCCUUGGAUCUGGUUAUCCAGGAUAUCCACACUCAGCUUUUGGUGACGUCAGGCAGCUCAGGAACGCCUCAUCCGGGAGCCUAGGGCGAGCACGCGCAGACCUCUAGCGUCCCACACGGGGUUGUGCCCAUAGAGGUACCACUGACCGCUCCUGGUGACCCUGUUAUCUUUGUCGUCUCUGCUGAGCUCUUGGCACAGUUACAUUUCUGCGGCAGCCUGUGAAGAUGCUGCCUUUGGAGAGGGUGUUAGCCUCCCCUAGAAGCUCUCCACCCCAACCGGAACCAUCUACGCUGCGGUCAAAAGAUACAGCACAGCAGGAAGAACCUGGCCAGCAGGAGGAAUGCAGGAGGCAGGAUGAACUCAUCCAGAAAGAAGAACCCAUCCAGCUGCUGGAAACUAGUCAGAGGGAUGAGCCCAAUCAGAGGGAAGAAUUCAGUGAGCAGGAUAAUCCUCCCGACCAGGGGGAAGAACUCAGUGAGCAGCAAGAACCUAGUCAACAGGAUGAGCCCAGUCCAGAGGAAGAGUCUGUCCAACUGCAAGGACCCAGCCAGGGGGAAGAACCUGGCCAGAAGGAUGUACCCAUGCAGCAGGAAGAACCUAUGCAGCAGGACGAGCCCAGCCAGUGGGAAGAACCCAUGCAGCAAGAUGAACCCAUGCAGCAGGAAGAACUCAUGCAGCAGACAGAGCCCAUUCAACAGGAUAAGCCCAUCCAACAGGUAGAACUCAUCCAGCAGGAGGUACCCAUCCAACAGGAAGAACUCAUCCAGCAGACAGAGCCCAUUGAGCAGGAUAAGCCCAUCCAACAGGAAGAACUCAUCCAGCAGACAGAACCCAUUGAGCAGGAUAAGCCCAUGCAACAGGAAGAACUCAUCCAGCAGGAGGAGCCCAUUCAGCAGGAUAAGCCCAUGCAACAUGAACUCAUUCAUCAGGUGAGGCCCAUCCAGAAGGAAUUGAUUCUGCAGGACGAGCUCAUUCAGCAGGAUAAAUCCACCCAAAAGGAAGAAUUUAUUCAGCAAGAGAAGCCAGUUCAGCAGGUAGGGUUCAGUGAACAGGAGGAACCCAACCAACAGGAGGAGCUCAGCCAACAGCAAGAGCCUAGCCAGAAGGAUCAACCCAACCAACAGGAGGAGCUCAGCCAACAGCAAGAGCCUAGCCAGAAGGAUCAACCCAGCCAGCAGGCAAAGCCUAGCCAGCUGAAGGAAACAGAAACCAUCACUGAGAGAUCUGCUGCUGACCUUGAGUUUUCCCGUCUGCGCUUCCGGGAGUUUGUCUACCAGGAGGCAGCUGGGCCUCACCAGACGUUGGCCAGGCUUCAUGAGCUAUGCCGCCAGUGGCUGAGGCCCGAGGCCUGCUCCAAAGAGCAGAUCCUGGAGCUGCUCGUUCUGGAGCAGUUCCUGGGCAUCUUGCCAGACAGGGUCCGUCCCUGGGUGGUAGCCCAGUAUCCUGAGAAUUGCAAGAAAGCUGCCUCCCUGGUGGAGGGUAUCUCUGACAUCCUGGAGGAGCCAGGAAUGAUGUUGUGUUCCCCGGGUGGGUCAUCAUCGUCAUUCAGCGAGGGAGACUAUGAGAGGUGUCCUGAGCCCCUGCUGCUUCCAUGUGGGUUGCUAAGUCCUAACAGAAACUUAAGACCUAGGGACAUCCUGGUACGCCGUGAUACUUCUCCCCUUCUACCAGCCUGGCCUACUCUGGAAUCUGUGCAUUUGGAUCAAGAGCAUCCAGAAGGAGAAAAGAGUGAAGAGGCCACCUCUGCCACAGCUGAGCUGAAGGGGCCUCUACAGUCGGAAUGGGACCACCUGGAUCCCACAGAGGAUAACCUGACGAGUUACAGCAAGCUGCUCCUGUGGGGGUGUCAGUUUUCCCAGGCUGGUCCAACUUCCAUGCUGGAGACAGAGGAACCUUGUGCAGUGGAAAAACUGUCAGGGGGCAGCCUCCCAGACAGCACCAGGCAGCAAGAAAGCAAAGGAAAUGUGUGUAAGGAAGCCUCCUUGGGGGAGACACUGAUGGAGAGUCUUUCAGGGGAUGUUCCUGUUGGCGUUUCAAUAGAUACUGCCCUGGAGGAGAAACAGCAACCUCAGAAGGCUCUGGAUGCUGAGGGUGAAGAUUCAAGCCCUACCAGUCCCCAGAGGCAAUCAGUCAUCCAGCAGUCAGCCCAGGAUGAGGAUAGGCCACAUCAAGGCACUGGGACAAAGAGGCCCCAUCCAGAUGACGAGGAUGAAAUGGCCCCUGAGUGUCUUUCCAGCACCAGCAACUACCAGCUGCCAUUAGAUGCAGGGAAAGUGCUUCAUGUGGAUGGUCAUGAUUCUGGGCAAGACUCAGGAACUUCUGUUGGGGUAUGCUCUGCAGCUGAUGAGUUUGAUGUAUCUCAAGGGAAGCCCUACACAUGCAGUGAAUGUGGGGAGGCCUUUGCAUGGAUCUCGAACCUUAUGGAGCAUCACAAGAGACAUGGCAGUGAGACAUGCUGUGUGAGCCAGGACUGCUAGGAACCCUUCCAGUUCACCUUGGUUGUGGUCAAGCACCACAAGAGUCACAUACAAAAAAACAAAACAAAGCCACACUCAGAGCCCUUCUCUGCCAGAAGCAAAACUCACUGGUAGGAGAAUUGGCAGCUUCUAGUGUGUGGAUGGUUUUCCUUAUACGACCUGAGGUAUAAGGCUAAGCAACUCUGCUAUGACUGUCCCAUGACAUGACAGUUGUAGCAUGAGUGACCCUAAGGCUCAUGUGUGGUAGUGGAUUCUUGAGGUAUUUCUACAGGCAUAUCUGUGCUUAUUUUCUGGAUGCUAAUGUGCUGAAAAGAACCGGAAAGGGGCAGGGCCCUCAUCUUAAAAACACACUUUGGUCUGAUGUUAUAUUCUAUAAACCAUCAGAUGUGAGGGAAGACUCCAUUUCUACAGUAUUUUAAUACCACUUAUACUCUGGUCAUUUGACAUUGUACAAAGUGUUGAGUUGCCUUAAAUGUGAUCUAUUGGCGGCACUUUUCUUGCCUCAGUUGCUUCUCCUUGAGCUCCCUGUUCAUACAUAAUUCUUGCCAUCUCUUUUGGCUUUUUCGUAAGUAUGUGAUAACAGGUUUACUUCUGAAUUCUUAAGAGCAAAAGCUAUUUCUUAGUUCAAGUCAUGUCUUCAUAUGUGGAGUGACUUGCAAAGAUCACAAAAUAUGCUGAUUUCAGACUGGGUUUCAUCCCAUUAGUGAAUUGUGAGGUCCAGUCAGUGGAUGGCCACUGGUAUCACAGAACAAUGAAGUGGAAUAAAAGUAGAUCAGAAUGCAUCAUGUAGUAAAGGCAAGUAUUGUUUUGUGAAACUUCUCUGCUGAGUAUCUGAGAGCCUGCUACCACAUUAAAUGUAUUUGUUAAAGGGUACAAACAUACCCUUUGAAGAAGCGAUCUGUAUCUGAGCUGAGAGAACCAAAUCGGCCUGCAUAGGUGAUCUUGUGGUUUUGCUUUUAACUUCAGAUUACAACAUUGUUUCUAUUGCCUGACCAUAAAUGUAAUUGCCCUGCAGAUACAAAAAGGAUGUCUUUUUCUGUCAGUGUCUGAGUAGGCAAUCUGUGUAACUCCCAAAUCAGAGGCUUACCAUAAUAAAGUAUUUAUUUCUUCAUUCA